CCAACAUUGAACCGCAUGCGACCAACGAAUGAGAAGGCGUGCCUACUCCGCACCGCACGGUCGUGUCGUGAUCUAGGAGCGGUUGAGGCAAGAGGACUUGCAGAUACAGGUGCUUGAACCGAGGAGGCGGGCUCGUACGCUGUAUGACUAUCACCACUAAUUUGAGGACCUUCCAAUUGGGGUUGCCAUUGAGGCAUGACGAAAUGAGCGCACUGGGGGAUAUAGAGCCCCAGUAUCCGCCCUCUGCACCAAGGUUCUUCAACCUUGCGACUGCCUUUACGCUACAGCCAUCAUGCAGCUCCUUGCAUUAUUAGCGACUGCAAUUGUUGCGCCUGUUGUACUUGCAACUCCAAUCGCUCGGUCACCCUAUGUCGUCAAAGAGACACACUUUGUGCCAAAGGAAUGGAAGAAGCUGGACCGGGCCCAUGGCGGCAAGACGAUUCAGCUGCAGAUAGGCCUCAAGCAGGGACGAUUCGAAGAGCUCGAUCGCCACUUGCAUGAAGUAUCUGACCCUGACCAUGCACGAUAUGGAAAGCACCUCAGCGCUGAUGAGGUUGACGAGCUAGUCGCCCCCAGCUCGGAGACACACAAUCUCGUGCACGACUGGCUUCGCGAGAACGGGAUCGACAUGGAGCACCUCGGCUACAGUUCCGCCAAGGACUGGGUUAUCGUCCAUCUCCCGAUCGAAAUGGUCGAGAGUCUGCUCGAUACUGAGUAUCACAACUACAAGCACAAGGAUGGCUCUGUUGUGGCCCGAGCGACUAAGUGGUCGCUUCCUCGCCAUCUCCACGACCACAUUGAUGCCAUUCAGCCGACGACUUCCUUCUUCCGCGGCGCUCCGAGGGACGCAACGUGGGUUAGCGAGACUGCGGAAGUGCCGGCAAGCUACCAGACCCCGAAGAACGGAUCCAUUGCCAGUGUCUGCAACGUGACUUCCGUGACGCCUGAGUGCUUCCAGACUCUCUAUUCGACCAAGUGGUACAAGACGCAGGCGAGUGACAAGAACAGCGUUGCAUUCGCCAACUACCUUGGUGAAAUCCCAAUCCGCCCAGAUACGAAGCUUUUCUUGCAGAAGUACCGCCCCGAGGCUGUGUCGCAAGCGUAUGACUUCAAGCAGAUAUCUAUCGCUGGGGGCCCAAUUCAAGAUGGCCCUUUGACGUACAACCAGUCCACGGUCCAGGCCAUCAGCCGCGAGGCCAAUCUCGAUGUGCAGGCUAUCGCCGGCAUUAGCUGGAAGACCCCAAUCACCAGCUUCUCCACUGGUGGCCAGCCGCCGUUCAAGCCAGACAUCUCUACCCCUGAGAACACAAACGAGCCAUAUCUCGUCUGGGUGAACUGGCUCCUUCAGCAAAAGUCGAUCCCCAAGGUCAUCAGCACAUCCUAUGGCGAUUCCGAGCAAACCGUUCCUCGAUCCUACGCCGAACGCGUCUGCAAACAAUUCGCUCAGGUCGGUGCCCGUGGUACUACGCUCUUCUUCUCUUCUGGUGACAGUGGCCUUGGUGGCACAGAUAAGUGCUACACCAACGAUGGCAAGAACACGUAUCAGUUCAACCCAGACUUCCCUGCUUCUUGCCCAUACGUCACUACCGUUGGCGCGACGAUGAACUUCGAGCCCGAGGAGUCUGCUUACCGCCCGUCCCGCAACACCAGUGCUGGUUUCCGAGACUUGUAUGCCAGCGGCAGCGGCUUCAGCAACUACUUCGAUCGUCCUUCGUACCAGGACAAGGUCGUCCCCAAGUAUGUCAAGGCGCUUGGCGACAAAUACCAGGGUCUGUACAACAAGGAAGGCCGAGCGUAUCCCGAUCUCGCGGCGCAGGGCCUGUACUUUGCGUACUUCUGGAACGGCACUGAAGGUACUAUCAGUGGUACUUCAGCCUCGGCACCCCUGACUGCUGGAAUUUUCACUUUGGUCAAUGACGCUCUGAUUGCGUCUGGCCAGCCAACACUUGGUUUCCUCAACCCUUGGCUGUACAAGAAGGGAUACAAGGGGUUGACUGAUAUCACCAAGGGCUUCAGCCAUGGCUGCAAUGUCGAGGGCUUCCCAGUAACCGAGGGGUGGGAUCCAGUCACCGGUUUUGGUACCCCCAACUUCCCUAAGCUCCUCAGGGCGGCGGGUGCGAAGGGCCACUGGUAA